UGAAGUGAAUCCGACAAAUUCUUUUCGAGUUAUUUAACAAUGACCAAAGGACGCUCGGGUGCUACGUGGCAUUCGAGAGCAGGUAGCUAGAAACAGCUGCAAGCAACCGACCUUUCGGGUUUCAUUGUCAUGAAUAUCUCCCCAUUUUAAUGUAGUACAAGAACUGAAAAAUAAUUUUUGGUUGCCAGUAUACCUGUAGUCGUUGCACUGAUCAGUCGAUAGUUUUGUGAUAAAUUAUUUCUCAAGUGAAUUAAAUUAUUAACCAUGGGACGUGAUUCUAGAAAGGUUUCAAGAGAACUUCGGAGUUCUGAAAAAAUUUAUAAGUCGCGUUCAGUCAAAAAAAAGAAUGUUUUUAAUCCGAAAACAGCCGAACGUGAUGAAAGUAUUCAGAGUACAUCUUCUAAAAAAUUAAAACAAAACACUGAAGAUGAUGUACCUGAAGACAGCAGUACUGAAUUUCGAAUAAUAAAUUUGAUGAAAUUCGAGUGAUGAAAAACCGAAUCAUGAUAUGUGUCCAAAAGGCGAAGAAUCUUGGUGCUCUUACCAGCGCGCUGAAGCAAGAGGAGAGCUUGAUACCUAUUCUCACGAUUAUUCUCUCUUACCUUCUGAUGUUUUAAAAGCUAUCAAGCCUAUAUACGAAGAUCUUAGUAAUGAAAAUUUACUUUCAAGAUGUGUAGGUGGAUUCAAUCAGAAUAAUAAUGAAAGCUUUAACCAACUAGUAUGGAAAAUAUGCCCAAAAACGGUAAAUACUAGUUUUACUGUCGUACAAAUAGCUGCAUACGUUGCUAUGUGUAUAUUUAAUGAGGGUAUAAAUUCAUUAUUAGUCUUGAUGAAUACACUAGGACUUAAUUGUGGGCCUAAUUCUCAUCGGUAUGCAGAAAGAAUGGAUGCUGCACGUAUCAAAGUAGCAGAUAAGCGCGCUAAUGAUAACACCCGAGAAGGUCGAUUGCAACGUAGGCACCAGCAAAUCGAUAUUUUGGAAGCUGCUAUGACGGCUGAAGAGCUAUUAUAUGGUCCAGGAAUAGAUGACUCAGUAUGAAUCUCCAAGGACUUAUGAUGAUCACCGCAAAGGACUUCGGGAGGAACGGGCUCUACAAAAACAGCGAUAACUUUUUGAAUUAUUAAUUUUUUUUUUUGAAAUUUUCGUGAAGUCAAAUCGAAACGUGUUCUAAUAAAGCUAUGUUUUUAUUUUUGUCAAAUAAAGUAAUUAACUACAAAAAAAAAAUUAUUGAAAAUCAUCAUUUUUUCAGGCCUCUGAGUACC